AUGGCGGAGGAGGCGCUCACAAUGGCCGGCAGCGAGCCGACGGGGGUGGAGGUGGCCAUGCGCGUGAGGCCCAGCCACGGCGCCGACCUGGACUGGCAGAGCUGCAACGUCGCGGUGGUGCCGGGGGACCAGGGGUCUUCUCUGCUGGUGAGGAGCGGGAGCAGGCCGGAGGCGGGGAUGCUGCAGAAGUAUUGCUUCCCACACGUAUUUGAGAAUGCUGAGCAAGAAGAUGUGUACAUGGAUUGUGCCCGAGCUGUUGUGGCGUCAGUGAGCAAGGGGUACAAUGCGUCCAUUCUGGCCUAUGGUGUCACUGGGGCAGGGAAGUCAUACACGAUGUUAGGUUCUGACCCAGCAUCGAUAUUAGACAAGGGUAGGCAAGGUGUCGUUCCAAGAGCCAUUAUGCAGGUGUUUGAAGAUCUGGAAGAAAUGGAGAAAUGGAGUGUGAAUGUGACAUUCGUGGAAAUUUACAACGAGACAAUCGUGGAUCUUCUGCAUCCCGAUCAGAAGGAUAUUUCUGUGAAGGACACCAGCUGCAAGAGCAAUUAUGUUGCUGGAGGGUGCAUGACAUUCAAGAAUGUGGAACUUGAGGAUGUCAGAUCUGCAGAAGAAGCUUUGAACCACUUGAAAAAGGGAAUGAGCCAUCUGCACUCGACAGAAAAUGGGAGCAGCAACCUGCGUUCUGCAAGAGCACACACGAUCUUCACAUUGUGGCUAGAAACUGAGAUAGAUGGAAGGAAUUGUCAUUCAAAACUGAACUUGGUAGACUUGGCUGGGUCUGAGCGGCUGUGGAAAACGAAUCCCAAGACUGGUGCACUUAUGAAGGAAGCAGCAUUUGUGAACAGGUCGAUCGGUGUCUUGUCCAUGGUUGCGAAGGAACUCAAACGGAAAAUGCCAUAUGUUCCCUUUGGAGACUGCAAGCUUACUCACUUCCUCAAGGACUCGAUUGGUGGAAAUUGCAGGACUUUGCUGAUUGCGUGUGUCUUUGGAGAUGAGAGUCACCUCAGGGACACUCUGUCCACAUGCAGAUUUGCAGAAGACCUUCAGCAGAUUGGAGUUCAUCCGCAGAGGUACAAUGUUGCUGGUAGUGCCACAAGCCAAGCAACCCUCUACCGAUCAGAUCCCUUGGCGAUGAAAUGCUUGGAGAAGAUGUCAGAAUUGCGAGCGUCACAGCAGAUGCAGCGCUAUUUGCGAGCACGAUCUCGGAAGAGGGAGAAGUGUGCAAGCAAAGCGCUGCAAGUAAAGCCUCAAGAGCAGCCAGAUCAGUCCUUGUCUCAAGUUCUAAAUGGAUUGAGGAAACAAGUCCAGAUAUUCGAAAAGCGGCAAAAGGACUGGGAGGAUAAGCAUGCCGGGGGCACACAGCAUGAAUUGCGACUGCUGCAGGAGAAGGUUCAGGAACUGGAGGCAAAGCUCAGCAAGGGCUCUGGCAGCAGCCGCUCUAGCAGGCCAGAAGGCCCUACGGGGGCUUGGGACCGGUCACUGGAAGUGGAAGUUCACAGGCUUCAGGCAAAAGUCGAGCAGCUUGACAAGGUUUGUUAUCUUCGUGAGCAAGAGCUGGAAGAGCUCAAUCACCUUCGAGAGCAUGUCCUCCAUCAGCAGCCGAUGCAGCGAACACAAAGUAUGCCACUGGGAUACGGCACUCCUGAGAUGCAGCAGGAAUUGGGGGGCAUGCACCCAGGUUCAGGGAUGCAGAGAAUGGUUGCUGUCCACCCAAUGGCAAUGGGAGGCAUGCCUGCCGGGAUGCCCGGAAUGCAGCCCAUGGUUUUGUCAGGAAUGCCUGUGGGAGGCAUGCAAGGCCAUAUGGCCCAAAUGCAUGGUCGCAGCCCACUAGGCAUGCAGGGUGGUAUGCAUGGUGCCAUGCACAGUGGCAGCAGCAUCCAUGGGACCAUGCAUAGGAGCAUGCAGCGGUCCACACAGAGAAGCACACAGAUGGGCAUGCAGGGGGGCGCGCACUCUGCCCAGUUUGUGCAUGGGUUCGGCGGCAUGGGCAUGAUGGCAGGCAUGCAUGGCAUACCAUACACUUGGCAAGAGGAGGGAGUGGAAACGCCAGACUCCAGAGGCAGCAGCAUGGCAUCCAGAGGGGGGCCCCUCCAGCCUGUCACAGGCCCGUCUGGUCGUUGGGGUCAUACUCAUCAGAAUUCUGCAAGCAGCAGCACACUACUUGGGGGUGGCUCGUCCAAUCAAGAAAGUGACUUGUUUUCAGAGGCAAAGGGCUACCUCCUUGAUCCAGAUUCCAGCGAUUCUUCAUGGCAGCAAUACCUGCCGCCCGAUCCCAGGGCCAUGGGCCAUGGGACCCCACCGCCUCUCCAUCCCCAGCAGAGGAUGGUUGGAAUGACGGCACCAAGUGGUAUUGCAAGAUGCGAAUUGGGGGUGGCACCCUCUCGCAGCUCACAACGUUCAGAAGGUGCAUCGUCCACUUCACAGAGGGCUGAAAAGAGCAAGCAGAAAAAGAAAGGGGGCUUUGUAAGGAAGGUUACGAGAUUGCUGGGGAUUGGAGUCACCUCGAAAUCCGAGUGCCAGGACGAGUCUGAUGCUGCUCUAUCGUAUUGUGAUACAUUCGACGAACUUGAACAUACACAAGUCCGGGAUGGAUGGAUUCCGACUCAACCCAUGGCUCCAGUUCGUUCGCAUCCAAUUUCAUCGAAUGGGUUUGCAAACUACCCCGAGCCCACGUCGCUGUUCCUCGACUCCGACGCCUCAAGCCAAAUGAUGAUGAAUGAAGAUGCAAGGGGACACAUGCCAGCGUCCCCAUGCCAGCGUCCUCGCGCUUAUGACUUGCCCAAGUUGGAUCUGGGAAGGGUGAGAUCUUAG